AUGGAGGCGGGGACCAACGGCGACGGCAAUGGUGCGUGCUUCCCCUACGACGUGCUACUCGGCAUCCUCCGCCGCCUCCCGUGCAACGCCAUCGCCAAGUCCCGGCGCGUCUGCCGUGCGUGGCGCGCCCUCGUCGACGCCCACAACCUCCUCCAGCUCCCGACGGUGUUCUUCGACGUGACCAUCGGCGGCGCCCCCGCAGGCCGCAUCGUGAUGAGGCUGUUCGCCAAGGACGUGCCCAAGACGGCGGAGAACUUCCGUGCUCUCUGCACCGGCGAGAAGGGCGUCGGCAGGAGAGGCAAGGCGCUGCACUACAGGGGCAGCGCGUUCCACCGCGUGAUCCCAGGCUUUAUGUGCCAGGGCGGCGACUUCACCAUGGGCAACGGCCUCGGCGGCGAGUCCAUCUACGGCGACAAGUUCCCCGACGAGAAGUUCGUCCGCAAGCACACGCCCGGGAUGCUCUCCAUGGCCAACGCGGGGCCCAAUGCCAAUGGCUCCCAGUUCUUCAUCUGCACCGUACCCUGCCCGUGGCUCGACGGCAAGCACGUCGUCUUCGGUGAGGUCAUCGUGGGCAUGGACGUCGUCCGGAACAUUGAUAAGGUGGGCUCCCGCAGUGGCACGUGCGCCAAGUCCGUAGUCAUCGCCGACUCCGGCCAGCUCUAG